CGGAUGGCUUGGCUUCGCGCCCAUACCAUCCCUUCCUUGUCAGCCGGACAUGCACCGACGCGAACCAAAACCCCAGCCAGCCUCAUAUACCACCUUCUACAUCCAGGCACGAUCCAAGCCACAGCUCCGCCAUGGAUCUCUCGACCCUGUCAUGCCUUCUUCCUCCCCCUCCUUCCGCGCCGGCGACCCGCCUGCGCCGAAACGGCGCGAGCACCAGCAGGCCGGGGCGUUCGUGCAGGGGGGCAUGGAGCAAUGGCGCGGGGACGAGGAGGGGCAGGAGGAACGGCGGCGGUAGGCUGCGCGUGGAGGCUCUGUUCGGCGACGGAGGAGGAGGAGGAGGGGAAGACGGGUUCCGGGCGGUGAUGAGGAUCGUGAAGCUCAACUCCGCCAUCCAGAACCGUAGCGUCCGGGAGCUGCUCGAGCUGCUCGCCGACGAGUGCCGGUACUUCUUCCGCAACGUUCCGCCCGUCAGCGCUUCAGAGAUGAGCAAGAGCGUGUUCCUGUUUCUGCAUGAGAUGAUGCUCCGGCACCAGGUCUCGUUCGUGCUCAAGCCCGCGGUGAACGGAGGCUUCGACCUGGGCGUCAAGUGGUCGCUAGAAUGGAAGGGCAAGAAGCUGCCUUGGGACGUAGACUGCACUGUAUCCACGACCCACGUCUACACAGGCCUACUGCUCGUCAGCCAAGUGAAUAAGGCAUGUGGGCCACUCCUGCAGAGGAUUCUUCAGAUGAUUUACCAGAAUUUGGAUGCGGUAGUUUUGAUCGUGGCAAACAAGUUUCUACCGGAAGGCACGCUGGAUGAGGAGAGAAGCAACAUAAUUGUGUGCGCCAUCAUUGGCCUGGUGGUCAUGGUUCUGUUCUACGCCAUCUUUACCAACUUGUAGGUUCACCAGGGGCAGCAAGUCCACGCCGAUGUUUCAGAGAAUUCUGAUGUACAGAUACCAGAAUCUCUUGUAAAAUAGUCAGCAGGCAUAAUGAUUUUAUCCCUUCAUGUAAUACUCCCUCCGUCCCAAAAUAAGUGUCUCAAGACACUUAUUUUGGGACAGAGGGAGUAAUACAUAGCAAAGUAGUUGUUGGUUGCAAAAAGGAAGAAGAACUUAAUGAAUAAGAUUAACCAGGGACAUGGUUUAGAACGAACGGGAACAAAUUAUUAAAACAUAUAAUUAGCCAUCACCUACAACAUCACAAUGUUCUGGUAAAAAGGGAGAAAGCUGCCUCUUACCAUAAGACGCGUCUAUGGUUGCUGAAUUUACAUCAAAGUUAAUCAGCUUUCGCUUUCUCUUACUGUUGCUUCAGUGCUACAAAUUCGGACAGCCUACCAGAUGUGACCCUUCCGGGGAGACCAAA